CAACAGCAGCAGCAACAGCAGCAGCGGCAGCUUUAGCGGAGUGUCAGGAUGCCCCGAGUGGACGCCGAUCUCAAGCUGGACUUCAAAGAUGUUCUGGUGCGACCCAAGAGGAGCAGCUUGAAAAGCAGAUCGGAGGUGGAUCUCAAGCGAACCUUUACAUUCCGGAAUUCCAAGCAGACUUUCACUGGAAUCCCCAUCAUAGCGGCAAACAUGGAUACAGUCGGGACAUUUGAAAUGGCCCAGGUUUUGAGUAAACAUGCGAUGUUUACUGCUAUUCAUAAACAUUAUGCUCUGGAAGACUGGAAGAAGUUUGCAGCUUCCCAUCCCGAAUGUCUGGAGCACAUAGCUGUGAGCUCAGGCACUGCCCAGGCAGACUUGGACAAGCUUUGCACUAUUCUGGAAACAAUUCCACCCAUCAAGUACAUCUGCCUGGAUGUUGCAAAUGGUUACUCGGAAUACUUCGUGGAAUCUGUCAAAACUGUCCGGGCCAAGUUCCCUGAUCAUACAAUUAUGGCUGGCAAUGUGGUGACCGGGGAGAUGGUGGAAGAGCUCAUUCUCUCGGGAGCCGACAUCAUUAAAGUUGGCAUUGGCCCAGGUUCUGUGUGUACGACUCGGAUUAAAACGGGAGUGGGCUAUCCUCAGCUGAGUGCAGUGAUCGAGUGUGCAGACUCCGCUCACGGGCUCAAAGGCCACAUCAUAUCUGAUGGUGGUUGCAGCUGUCCGGGUGAUGUUGCCAAAGCCUUUGGAGCCGGAGCUGAUUUUGUGAUGCUGGGAGGAAUGUUUGCUGGUCAUGAUCAGUGUGCUGGAAAAACCAUCGAGAAAAAUGGCAAAAUGAUGAAGCUCUUCUACGGGAUGAGUUCUGAUACUGCCAUGAAGAAGCACGCUGGGGGAGUGGCUGAGUACAGGGCCUCAGAAGGUCGGACAGUGGAAGUCCCAUACAAAGGAGAUGUGGAAAGCACCAUCCUGGACAUUUUAGGAGGACUGCGCUCGACUUGCACGUACGUUGGAGCCGCUAAACUGAAGGAACUGAGCCGAAGAACCACAUUCAUCCGAGUCACUCAACAGUUUAACCAAAUGUUUUCUUAAUUUGGAAUCUGAUAGGGUGAUAGAAACUGAGGGAGAGUUUCAUUUGCACAGCAGUCUCUUAAGUUAAGAGUUUGAAUUUCAUUUUAUUUUAAAAGACGCACAGUGCAAUAGUAUUUAAUUAACCAUUUUAAACCUACUGAAGAAAUUGUAAAUCUAAAGUCUCCAGGAGAACACUGACCAACAGUUAAAUUUGCACCAACUGUGUCUGGCUGCUUUGUGCAGUCAAACAAAUUGUUUGGCUGUGAGGUGUUGUUUCACUGAAGACAAACCUUAUUCAAUAAAAAUGUUAGUGCAUUGUUUUCAGAUAUUUAUUCAAAUGCAGCGCACUCUUGUUCAGUGCAGGAAUGAUCUCCUACAAUUUUUAGCAUGCACUUUUCAGGAGGUUACGCGUUUAGAUAAGUAUAGAUAAACGCAUUCUGCAGUGCAACAAGUUAUUUAUUUGAGUUUUGUUUCAUUUUAUGAUUGUGCAAAUGGGAUGGCAAAUGCAAAUUACACCCUUCAAGUCAAGGGUUCAUUUUAAGGGAACAGAAGAGGCUAGCGGAAUAUAAAAGUAUGGUUUAGCCUUUUAAAAACUGGACCACCCCAGCACACUUUGAAUUGGAAUCAUUCACAACAACAGUAGAAAAAACCCUCUCACAUCAACCAGAAACAAAUUCCCCAGGAAACACAAUGUGCCAACAUUUUAAUAUUAUUUUCUGAAACCGAUAAAUUUUCUGCUCGGUUUGUGUGUUUUUGAAUUGAAGGGUACACCUCGUUGCUUUAUUCCAUUUUGUUUCAAAGAUUCUUUGGUGUACUAAAAUUCUGAAAAUAGAAAUAAACUGGGUAUCGUUCACUUAGAUCCCUGACGCUGGAGGCCUUUGGCAUGACAACAGCAUAAGUAAAGUCUGGAGUAAGACAUUCCUUUUACUUCAGUAUUGACAAAUAAAACUACUUGGUUUUCUGUG